AGAAGGAAAAAGGGUCUGAAGAAGCUGUUGAAGGGAAUGAAGAAGGGAAGAAGUAGGAAAGAUAAAGGGAAGGAAGGAACAAUCUACAUGAAAAAGUGCCGGAAGACAAAGAAGGUAAGGAUGAAAAUAUAGAGAGAAGAUACUGAUGGAGGGAAGAAUAAAGGUGGAAAUAAUUGGAAGAGUUAAGAAAAGAAGUUAAAAAGGAGAUAUUGGGAGUUAGAAGAAGAGGAGGUAGAGAAGAAUAUGGAAAGGUGAAAGAUGAAACGUGAAGGGAUGAGAAAGAAGAAAGGAAGGUAAAGAUAAGAAGAGAGAGGAAGGAGAAUAGAGAAGCUAUUGAGGUAACUGAGGUGGAAGAAAAGAGGGAAUUGGACUAUAGUACAGGGUGAAAGCCCUAAAAAAGGCAAAAAUUCAGAAAAAAACUAGUUUAAUCAUUUAGAAGGACAAAUGGAGAAAACAGAUAACGAGAGAAAUAGCUGUAAAAAAUAAAUAAAAAGGGGGACCAGCAGGAUGUAGAGCAAGAGAUUGGACUGAAAAAGGAGAAUGUGAGAUAUGUAACGGAUGCAAUGAAAAAGGAAGGAAUGGCAGGAAAAUAUAGUCUAUAAACAUAAAUAGAAAGAAGAGAGGGAAUAAACUGCAAAUACAGAAGAGUAAUGACAGAAUAGAAAAUACAGGAAAUAAGGAUUCAAUGCCAAGAGAGGUCUUAGAAAGAAGAGAGAGUGUGGAAUCCAUAGAGGAGCAAUAAUCAGGUGUAUACACUAAUGGAUGUAGUAAAGGGAUGACAGAAAAUGAGAAUGAAAAUGCUGGGAGGGGAUGAAUGAUGGGAGAAUUGAUGACUACGAGAGAUGACAGUAGAAUAGAAUGAGAGGCGGCAUAGAGAGGGACUGCAGAAGUGAUCAGAAGGAGAGAAUGGACAAGUAGAAGUAGAAUGCAGGGGAGGAGGAGAGGCAUAACACAAUGAACAUAAACCGAAUACAAGAGAGCAGCUAUAGAAAAGGCAGGAAGGGGUAAUGGUUUAGUAGAAGGGAGAGGGAAGGAGACACCCGGGGUAGAUGUAAGUAGAUACGGAUGUAUAUUCCUUACCUGGCAACCUUUUUUUUCCUUGCUAUUAUCCAUGCACUUCCAAUCAACAAGUCCCAGGUAAUCGGAGCAGGGAUCUUCCAUGCAGGCUCAGACACAGCCUCAGACACAGAGGGGAGCUCAUGGUCUGGCGUACUGGAAGAAAAGUGAGAACCCAUUAAAAAAGGAACAGAUGAACGUGAAUCACUUCACACCUAGAAUAUGAUAAAGUGAAGAGUAGACGGGGUUGUGAGAAUGAGGGGGUCUCUCUGUAUGUUUGUAUCUUUAUCGCAUUUAGGACAAAUUGAGCUCAUGAUCUGAAAGAUAAAAAUACCACCUCUCCAAAUAUUAACAUGAGAUGGUCUAUGACAAUCUAAGACAUGUCAAGGUGUCAGGGCGAUCUGUAGUAUCCACUUCUUUACUCUGAUACACAACCUUGUAACAGAAUGACACCAUCUCUUCCUUGGAUGCCAACAACUCUGCCCCCUGCCACAGGUGUGGUGUCCCUACGUGGUCCUGGGUGGGGCGUGGUAUAUGGAAUAAUCUGUGGCUGUGGAGUCUUGUGCAAUGGACUGGUCCUGGCCGUACUGCUUAGCUGUAGGCACACCUUGGUGUCUGACCUGUAUGUGGUGAACCUGGCCUUGGCAGACCUUCUCUCCUUACUUGGGAUGCCUCUACUUAUCCAUCAGCUGCUCCAUGAUAGAGGCUGGGUCUUUGGAGAUAUCCUGUGUCGUGCUGUGACAGCUUUGGACCUGAACAACCAAAUCACUGGUGUGGGUAUUAUCACUGCCCUCUGCGUUGACAGAUAUGUAGCGGUGGUGCACUCUUCUACACUGGGCCAACGGCGGAGUGUGCGUUGUACGUGGAUAGUAACAGGCUGCGUUUGGCUUUGCUCACUUCUCCUCAGUACUCCUGUUCUACUCUACUCUGGAGUGAGGUGGGGCGAUGGCGUGGCCCUGUGUGUAUUGGAUCUUCCAGGAGCUCCACCAUCCCUUUACUGGUACACACUAAUGCACAGUCUCCUGACGUUUUUACUGCCUUUGUCAGUCAUAGUGGUAUUGUACUCCCUUACACUUCACCACCUUUCUCGAGUUAUGAGAAGAGUCCAAAGGGCUCCAUCCCAGCGUAGUCGGAGGGUCACACGUAUGGCUCUGGCUAUUGUGGCUGCUUUCCUAUUCUGCUGGGCUCCUUUCCAUGCAGUGCAGCUUGUUAACCUGUUCUCCACUGGACCUCCUUCAACCUCUACUUUCUACCUCAACCAAGCUGCUAUAUGCCUAGGAUAUGCUCACAGCUGUGUCAGUCCCUUGCUGGUUAUCUGCUGUACUGAGGGCUUCCGAGAACGCCUACCGCAUGCACGUUGUUGCCGAUUUCUUUUUCGCCGCUGGGCAGGGUUCUGGCCAAUUUCAACCUUCCCGCACAAUGGUCCAAGCUCUGCCAUCAACAGUCCACCAAUGGAUGGAAUAUGUGCUCCUCAGCACCGCAGGAGGACUAUACACCUUGAGACCCCCCCAUGUUCUGUCACUGAAAACACCAGGAUCAGUCUCGGGAUACGGGAUGAAAGUAGCAUCUUGUAAUAUCUGCUGCAUCUAAGUUUCACCAAUUCUCUAUAAGAUUCCAGUAGAAGAGAAGCUGGGAGCUGUGCACAGAAGUUGCCAUAGACCACAGCAACCAUCAUAUUGUAAUUUUACUAGCACAGCUGAAAAGAUAGAGUAAGCAGCUUACUGGGUAAUAAAUAUAUUAGUUUAGUGAUUUGCAAUGUGUGACUCUCUGGCUGACAAACUACAACAACCAACAAGCUGGAAGUUAUGGUUUGGCUACAACUGGAGAGCCACUGGUCGGAGAUGACUGUGUUAGUGCUUGGUUACCAGUCUACUUGUUUUCAAAAUGGUUUGAGGUGUUACUUUAGAGUUCUAUUUUAUGUACAAAGAUCUAUAACGGCACAAUCAUUGAUCAUAAUUAUCUAGAAGAAGACUACCUUUCAGAAUUCUAUUGUCCAUGUGAGAUUAUUUAUUUAAAGGGGUACUCCCGUGGGAAACUUUUUUUUAAUUUAUUUAUU